UUAUUGAUCAAUGUACCCAGAGACCACCGCAGUACCUACUUGAAUACGAGUACGUGCAGUUUUAUACGCGAUGGCUAACACAUUGAUCGUACUUUUGUAUGUAAUUACAAACGUGUGGAUGGGAACAGAAGUCAACAGCAUUAGUGUGGUCAACACCCGUAAUCUGGUUUCGUUGGCGAAAAAUUACAUAAUGGCUUCUGAGAACAAAACUUGGGCUGAUAUUCAAAUAAAGAAAGCACAAAAUAAAUGCGAAGAAUAUACACAGUACGCCUGCCAGUACCAAAAAUCAUGUAAUGGAAAACAUUUAGAAAAGGAUGAGAUGUUGAACGGAGAAUAUGUUUCUGAAGGGAUGCUCCCUCAUAUGGCGUUUCUACACAUACGCAUUGUAAGCAACGAUACAAUGAAGAAAAAGCCUGUGGUACUCAAUUUGCAAUGCACUGGCACGCUGAUCAGCGAGAAAUUCGUCAUGACAGCUGGUCGUUGUACAACCUAUAAAAAUUCUCGUACAAAAAUCAAAGUCAAGCUGGGUAGCUCGGACAUCACAGAUGAUGCCACUGGUGAAUGGUAUGACGUUGAACACAUCUACGAACAUCCGUACUACGUUUAUCGUUAUGAAGACUUACUUCACGAUAUUGCCUUAAUACAACUAUCUGAAACGGUGCGAUUCAACGCUAACAUGAGGCCGAUAUGUUUGAACACAAAUUACAGGAUUGGCGAGCACAAGAGCCUUACCACCGCAGCAUGGGGUUACACUGAAGAUGGGAAUACCGACCGUCUCAAGAUGGCCAAUUUACCAAUGCAUGAAUCAGCAUGUGACGAGUGGUUAGGAAACAAUACUAUGUACUACAAAAUUGUCAAAUUAUAUACCAUUUGUGCUGGGGAAAAAAGAAAUGGGACCUGUGAUGGUGACUCUGGAGGACCACUGCAAAUUAUGAUGAAAACUACAUGUCCAAAUAUGUACGAACAGAUUGGGAUAACUUCGUUGGGAAAUGGCUACCAGUAUUGGUUGGAUUACGAUUAUCGUAAGGGUAUAUUCACAAAAGUUGCUCAUUAUGUUCCUUGGAUUGCUAGCAUCGUUUGGCCCGAUUCUAAUAAUGAUCAAUCUGAAGAAGUAGUAUUGAUAGGACUACAAAUAUACGCAACUAGUUCAACGAAAUGUUCAGUUUCUAAUACGAUGGCUAACACAAUGAUUGUGCUUUCACACAUAAUUAUAAACAUGUGGAUUGUAAUACAAGUUCACAGUCCUUUGGUGACUUCGUUGCGUUCGAUGCGAGACAACUAUAUAAUGGCUUGUGGGAACAAGACUUGGGCAGAUCAGCAAAUAAAGAAGGCUCAAAACAAAUGCAAAGAAUAUACACAAUAUGCCUGCCAGUACCAAACAUCUCGGAGUGAAAAAGAUCGUAUACUGAACGGAGAAUAUGUUUCUGAAGGGAUGCUUCCUCAUAUGGCGUAUGUAAGCAUUCGUAGGAAAAAGAUAACGGGGAAGGCUCAUUUGGAUCACUAUCAUUGCAGCGGUACGCUGAUCAGCGAGAAAUUUGUAAUAACAGCAGCUCAUUGUAUGACGCGUGUUAAUUAUGACGGAGAAAUUAUGAUCAAACUGGGAAGCUUAGACAGGACUGACGAUGGCACAGGUCAAUGGUACGGUGUGGAAUUCAUCUACAAACACCCCUAUUUUAAUCGUGCAGAGGGGCUUCUUCACGACAUUGCUUUAGUAGAACUAUCCAAAACAGUACAUUUCACCGCUCACGUGAGACCUAUAUGUUUGAACACAAAUUACAAGAUCGAAAUGUAUAACAAUGUUACUAUCACUGCGGCAGGAUAUGGCUUCACUGAACAUGGACAGAACAACUAUCUCAAAAUGGUGACGUUACCAUUGAAGGAAUCGACAUGUCUCCGUAUAUUCAAACUUUACCGCAAUGUUGCCAAAUUAUACACCAUUUGUGCCGGAGAAGCAAAAAAAGACACAUGUAAGGGUGACUCCGGAGGACCUCUACAGAUUCUAAUAAAUGAUACAUGUCCAAACAUGUAUGAACAAAUUGGUGUAACAUCGCUUGGACAGGGUGACUGUUCGUUAAGCUCCACUUUCAAUGUCGGCACGUACGGAAAAGUUGCACCUUACGUUCCUUGGAUUGCAAGCAUUGUUUGGCCUGAACUCGAGGAAUCGUAAAAAUAUAGUUAUUUCUCAAUCAUUAAUUUGAUUAUUUUAAAGAUAUGUCAUUUUUGAGAAAAAAAAUCAAAGAUCCAUUUUUUAAUCGGAGAAACCGGUAUAAGUUAACUAGUAAUUUCAGAUUGUCACAUACACAAUAAAAAUUUGUACAAAUACAAAA